CUGACCGCAGCACGGACAGCUUCCACCACCACCGGCUGCAUCCCCGUUCCUCAUACCCAUAACUCCUCAUCUGCUGCCAAAAGUCCUGCUCUGAACUGCUGGAGUCGUACCGCCGUCUCCUCAGCCAUUCCACCGGUUUCUGCACCUACAGUCCCUGAGAGGUUGUGGGUUUUCGGACAGUGGAGGCGAAGUCCGUUGGUCAGGGGGAGUUUCUCCCACUCUCUCCCCCUCUCCCUGCACCCAGCUCAGCAUGCCCCAGCCCCUGAGCGCCUCCACAGCUCUCUCAGCUCCACUACCAUGUGUAGAUGGACAGUGACACAAGGUGCACCGGUCGCCUGGUUCUCCGCCCGCCCCCGCCGCAGACCGCCCUCACUGCUUCUCCCGCUCACCUUCCUCCUCCUGCUCAGAGCGUCCUCGUCCCUGCCGCUGUCUCCCUCUUCCUCGCUAGACUCUGGAAAGAGCCACAAUGCCCCAGGAGGGACCUCCUCACAGCUCUCCGUCUCUUAUCCGCCACGCUCGUCCUCUCCCGCGCCGCACCACGCAUCCUCUGCCAGGUUGCCGAGGGCAACCAAUGUGUCAUCUUCGUCGGCGACAGUUGUGGGCCGUCACGUGCGGAGCAGCUACAAACAUCUACAAGGAGACGUGCGCAGGAGGAAACUAUUCUCCUUCCAGAAAUUCUUCCUGCGCAUCGACAAGGAAGGAAAUGUCAACGGAACCAAAAGCGAGGACGAUCCAUACAGUAUUUUGGAGAUCAAAUCAGUGGAUGUGGGAGUGGUGGCCAUCAGGGGCCUCAGCAGCAACCACUACCUGGCCAUCAAGAAGAACGGAGUGCUGUAUGGAGCGAGGGACUUUGGUCCAGACUGCCGUCUAACCGAACGCAUUGAGGAAAACAAGUACAACACCUACGCAUCGGCUGAAUGGCGAAACAAAAAGAGACACAUGUUUGUGGGACUGAACGCCAACGGGAGGCCGAUGAAGGGAAAGAAGACGCGGAGGAAAAACACAGCCACUCACUUCCUCCCCAUAGUGGUUCAACCACGAUAA